AUGGCGACAAGCGGAGAGGCCCCGGAAUCUUGGUACCUAGCUCUGCUCGGCUUUGCCGAACAUUUUCGCACCUCAAGUCCUCCGAAGAUCCGUCUCUGUGUCCACUGUCUGGAGGCGGUGUUUCAGUUCAAGCCGCCGCAGAGAGUCGAGGCCCGAACUCAUCUCCAGCUUGGCUCGGUACUCUACCACCACACCAAGAACACCGAACUCGCCCGGAGCCACUUGGAGAAAGCGGUAAGCAUUCCCCAGGAAACUCCGUGGAUGUGGUUAGUGGGGAGGGAAAAGGAAGGCCACAUCUUUGGCAAAGCCAUCGGUGUGUUGCUGAUCAGUUAAGUGGACGAAAGUGGUUGAUUAAUCAGUGAGGAUAUUUUAAUUAUCGCGCGCUAUCUUACAAUAAUUGUUGGGACAUCAAUCAAGCAAUGCAACAUUGCAUGUACAAAACUGAUAUUGAAACUAACUUUCGCAUUCUGUUUUUCCCACAUAGUGGUUCAUAUCACAACAGGUAUCCUUUUACGUGAGUGAGUGAGUGAGUGUGUGUGUGUGAGAGAGAACAUGCUCCUACCUGAACAAAUGUUGACCAUGUCUCGAUGCGCCAUACAUUUUUUCCCCUUCAUUUUUUCCCCUUCAUUGAUGCUAGUGUUAUCAUGCAGACAAAUACAUUUCCUUUACAAGUAAUACCAGAUCCCUCAGUUUGAAGAUGUCAAAUUCGAGGCAGCAAGUCUUCUGUCAGAACUGUAUUGUCAACAGGUAAGUGAAGUGUUGUUCUCCUUUCCAACCUGUGGCCCACCUUCACCUUGCACUAUUCCCUAAAUUCAAUCAAAUGUCACUUGCUGAUCUGUUCACACGUUUAUCUCAGCAUUUUCGCUUGUCAACUUUUCAGUCAUUCAACCUUUUGCGAGACAAAAUGUCAUACUCCAUUAUUUUGACUUUGGCUGUUAUGUCAUCAUAAAGUAGGCCUAAUCAGUAAUCCUUGCAUUGUCUUUUCCCUCAUUAAGCUGCUUUUGCAUGUAAGUGAACUCUGAAACAGUAAGAUUAAGUAGGAUACGGUAGUUGGUUUAGCAAACACUUCUGAUUGUAGUUUCCUUUAAAGUAUUGUUGUAAAAGUUAUUAAAGUCAAUGAACUGAUGAUUAUCUCUGAUCUGGUCUUUCUUUGUAGAAUCUGGUUGAUUCGGCAAAGCCCUUGCUGCGAAAGGCCAUCCAGAUCUCCCAGCAAACUCCCUACUGGCACUGCAGAUUGCUCUUCCAACUGGCGGUAAGUCAACCUAACAACCGGACCUGAUAACCCAAUCUGUAAAAUGACUGACAUUUAAGAAUUCAAAUCAGUUCUGAAGUCAAGGUUCACAGAGAUGUAUUUAGCUGUUAUUCACCUCAAUUUACAUCUAUUUGGGUUAUUAUUUACUUGUCUUCAAUAGUGGGCUAAAAUUUUCUUGUCCUUUUCUCCCCUUCAGCAACUGCACACACUGGAGAAGGAUCUGGUGUCAGCCUGUGACCUCCUGGGGGUAGGGGCAGAGUAUACCAGGGUAGUGGGCUCUGAAUACACCAGGUAGUGUAUCAUUGUAGAACGCAACACACGUCAAACAGUUGAACAGUUGUGGUAAUGUCUGUACAUUGUCGAGGUGUUGUUUUACUGCCCUGAGGACUAGUGUUGUUGUCUGGUCAGAUGAUGUUACUGAUGUCCUUGUUGUCUUUCCUCCUGCACAGAGCUCUCUUUCUGUUGAGUAAAGGAAUGGUAAGUUGAGAAAUAUACUGAUCAUGUGAAGACAUUCUCUAAUGACGAUAAAUUCAAAUCGAAUAAUGAUAAAAUUAAAUUCUGCUGAAACCACUUAGACCAUUGCUUACUAAACUGUUUUUUAAUGAAAGUCUUGAUAUCCACCUAAAAAAGAAAACAAAUGCUUAUAUUUGCUCUGUUUACUUACUUACCUGCAUUACUAGUCACUACCAGAUAGACAUUGUUGUAAUGGUAGUUUUGAGGCAUCAUACUUGAAGAUUUUGAAGGAAAACAUAUUUUUAGGGGCAAAAUUGUGACUGUUUUAAGAAGAGUGAAAUGUCACCCUGUGUGUUUGUCUGAAGCUGCUGCUGAUGGAGAGGAAGCUUGGGGAGGUGCAUCCUCUGCUGACGCUGUGUGGGACCAUCGUGGAGAACUGGCAGGGGAACCCCAUCCAGAAGGAGUCCCUCAGGGUGUUCUUCCUGGUGCUGCAGGUCACACACUACCUGGACGCUGGACAGGUACAGAAUCAGAAUCACCUUUAUUCGCCAAGUACAUUUACACAUACCCAGAAUUUGACUUGAUGAAGUAGACAGAAUAUAGAAAGGAAUUGACCCACUCUACAUACGGUAUGGAUACAAUAUGGAUACAGUAGAUAUUAUACAUGGGAUAUUACCUGAUUAUGUGGUCACUGGUCACAAAAUAAAAAGAUAAGGGGCCUGUUGUCAAAAAUGUAUAAAAUAGGACUUAAUCAACACGGCAGGAUUUAGGAGCAAUACGCACGCAGAGAUAAAGUCAUACAAUUCCAGAUGUAAUCCCACUUGAAAAGGCACAUAACUGAUGUAAUAAAUAAAUAUAUUUGGGCUGAUAGGUGAAGAGUGUGAAGCCGUGUCUGAAGCAGCUACAGCAGUGCAUCCAGACCAUCUCUACACUCCACGACGAUGAGAUCCUACCCAGUAACCCUGCCGACCUGUUCCACUGGCUGCCCAAGGAGCACAUGUGUGUCCUUGUCUACCUGGUGAGAUACAGCUACUGCAUGUGACCUUUGACCUCUAUUGGUCAUAUUGUUGUCACAACUGACUUUACUUACUUUUUUUUCUCCCACAGUUGACAGUCAUGCACUCCAUGCAAGCAGGGUACCUGGAGAAGGCCCAGAAAUACACAGACAAAGCACUCAUGCAGCUGGAAAAGCUCAAAAGUAAGUCAUGGGAAUCUUCACGAUAGAAUUACAUAUAGAAGUAAUUUAAUAGGAGAAUUACAUAUAGAAGUAAUUUAAUAGGAUCUCUGUGAUCCUCUGAACCUCACCCUCUCUCAAUCUCCUAGUGAUUUUUCAGCUGUAGAAGUAUUAAUGUGUUUGUCAGUGACUUUCUGUUAUUGUUGUUGUUGCUGAUAUUGAUGUGUUUUCCAGUGCUGGACUCCAGCCCCAUCCUCUCCACAUUCCAAGUCAUCCUGCUGGAGCACAUCAUCAUGUGCCGACUCGUCACUGGUCACAAGGCCACGGCAUUGCAAGAGGUAUGGAACAGGCUUAACAUGCACAUUAAUUCAUGUAAACAGAUAGAUUUUCGUGAUGCUGAUGAAGUUUCCCUAUUCUCAGAUCUCUCAGGUGUGUCAGCUGUGUGCGCAGUCUCCCAGGUUAUUCACCAACCAUGCAUCCCAGCUACACACCCUGCUAGUGAGGAUUGGAGAUUUUCUAACCUUGGAAUUCUGUUUCUUAUAUCUGUACGUUAUAAGUGAAGUGGACAGGUAGUUGUUUAGUCAUGAUUUUCUAUUUUGUGCCGACCAAGUCCCUCGUUACUGUUGUGGUCUGUGUUCCAGGGCCUGUACUGCAUCUCAGUGAACUGCAUGGAUAACGCUGAGGCGCAGUUCACUGCUGCCCUGCGGGUGAGUGACGUGAGUGUGUCUACUAGAAUAUCUAUUGGCAAAAUUAGUAACCUCUUAGUUUGAUAUUUCUGGGUGUGUUAACUGAAAUACCUGUGUGUUUCACUCUUCCAGCUGACGACGCACCAGGAACUGUGGGCGUUCAUUGUGACCAAUCUGGCCAGCGUCUAUAUCAGGGAGGGCAACAGGCACCAGGAGGUCAGAGGGCAUCUGGGGUGCAUUCAGGAUGGCAGGGUUGUUGUAUGUGAUGAAUGAGGUAUUAUGUCCCUUUUUCUGUUAUAACAGCUUGAUAACCUGUUGGAGAGGAUAAACCCAGAUCACAACUUCCCUGUCAGGUAACAAAAGGUGUUUGUAGGUUUAUGUAUUUUGGCAGCUCCAAGUGCAAUCUUGCGAGUGUGAUGUUUGAUUCUAAAUGGACUUCUCUACUCCUCCCGUUCCAGCUCUCACUGUCUGGUAGCAGCAGCCUUCUACAUCCGUGGACUGCUCUCUUUCUUCCAGGGACGCUAUAACGAGGCCAAGUAAGUUCAACCAUGGCUCACCAGACACAAUUUCUUUAUGUACAUCUCCAUUACUUCACAUACAAAUAAUAUCUUCACACAUUUAGAAUACCUGCUUGGUUGGAAAGAAAGCCCAAGAGCACGACUGUGAAACAUAAACAAAAUAGUGUGUGUGUGUGACUGUGUGUCCUGUUAGGCGGUUCCUUAGGGAGACUCUGAAGAUGUCCAAUGCUGAAGACCUGAAUCGUCUGACUGCAUGUUCUCUGGUUCUACUGGGCCAUAUCUUCUACGUGCUGGGGAACCACCGGGUGAGAUCACAUCACAGGGCUCUCCAGGGUCUUAUAGCAGUGUUUCCAAAAACACAUAAUGCCUCGGAGCAAUGCUAGGAGGUGUGAUUGAAUCUGAACCAUGCAUUUGGUGCUGUCUGUGUUUCCUCCAGGAGAGCAACAACAUGGUGGUCCCAGCCAUGCAGCUGGCCAGCAAGAUCCCUGACAUGUCAGUCCAGCUCUGGUCCUCGGCUCUGCUCAAGGGUAAGGCAACAGCUGUUUGUUUGUGUGUGUGUGUGUGAGAGAGACGUACUAACUGAAAUGACUGUUCUCCCUGUAGAUCUAAACAAGGCGUGUGGGAACACGAUAGACGCCCACGAAGCAGCUCAGAUGCAUCAGAACUUCUCCCAGCAGCUCCUGCAGGACCACAUCGCUGCCUGCAGCCUCCCUGAGCACAACCUCAUCAGUGUAUGAUUCAUCAAUCCCUCAAUAUCUUUAUAAUCGAUGCACAGCCUUCCAAAGCAUAACUUCAUUACGAAUAAGAACUCAUCAAUCAAUCAAUAUAUCAGUUAGUCAUCCAUCAAUAUCUUUGUACUGCACAAUGGUGAAUAUUUGUCCACAGAAAAUACACAACAAGUACAUGCACAGUUAGAGGAAUUAUUUUAUUUUAUUAGGAUCCCCAUUAGCUGACACCAUGAUGAUAGCUAGUCUUCCCGGGGUCCGACACAUAACGAAAAAUACUUUACAGACAAAAUACUUUACAGACAAAAUACUUUACAGACAAAAUACUUUACAAUUUCCAUUUAAAAACAUUGAACAAGUAGGCAUUCCAGCUAGAGGGAAUGAGUGUGAGACAGUGAGCUGACAGACUGUGUGUUGUUGCAGUGGACGGAUGGACCUCCUCCAGUGGGCCAGUUCCAGGCCCAGAAUGGACCCGCUACCAGCCUGGCCAGCCUGCUCUGA